AUGACUAAUCCAACCGCAUCUGAUCCAAUUGGUCCAGGACAUAACAUGGUUCCUAAUGACUCUCCCGAGACUUCAGAAGAUAGAACUACUAUUCAACAUGAUGAACAUAUCGCUCGUUUGACUCAAGAGAUUGAGGAUUUACGUAGUGAACUAACUCGGGUUAGGGACUUGACCAAUUUAUCCAUCACACUCCAAAGUCCACUUCAUGAACCUAGAAGUACUGCACCAAAUCCACCUCGUUUUCCAUCACUUGAUUCACCAGUUCCUGAACACUUUCCUCCACAACAACCUCCGCCUACCAACAAUAACCUUCCUUCAACUACCCCCACAAAUCCAUCAAAUUUUCCACCCGUCUACACUCCUCCACAGAGUCAACCACCUACUUACAAUACCUAUGCUACUCCUCCUAAUCCACCACUUGUCAACCCACAAAACCAACCUCCAACUCAUACUCCUCAUGUUUCUCUACCCACCAACACUUAUCCACUACCUACAACUAAUCAUGUAAACCCAUCAAAUACACCACCUCCAAUCCAAAAUACGCCCAUUGUCCAAACUUAUACAACUCAGCAUAUACAAGGGGCACAUAUUGCCACUCCUUAUGUGCAACAUGUUCCUCCGGUAUAUGCGAUGGAAACUCAAGCCUUUACCAACCCAAUACCGGUCAAGUUUCAACCCGAGGUAGAUCAAUAUGAGGAAAUGGAGAAAGAUGUCAAGGCAAAGGCUGAUGAUGUGUUAGCUAGAGAGAUUCGUGAUCUUAAGGAAGCAAUGAGAAACCUCCAAACUACUAGGGGAAACAAAAGCCUAGAAUAUGAGGAUCUCUGUGUGCAACCUGACAUUGAUUUGCCUGUAGGGUACAAACUGCCAAAGUUUGAUACUUUCAAUGGAAUUGGUGAUCCUCAUACACAUCUAAGGGCGUAUUGUGAUAAACUGGUAGGAGUGGGGAGAGACGAGAGGGUUAGAAUGAAGUUGUUCAUAAGAAGUUUAUCUGGUGAAGCUCUUGCUUGGUACACACAACAAGAUCUCCAUAAAUGGCGCGGUUGGAGUGAUAUGGCACAAGACUUUAUGGAUCGAUUCCAGUUCAAUACCGACAUCAUACCAGAUAGGUUCUACCUCACUAAGUUAAAGAAGAAGUCUACUGAGACAUUUCGUGAGUAUGCUCUACGUUGGAGGUCAGAAGCAGCUAGAGUCCAACCACCGAUGAGUGAAAGUGAAAUGACUGCUACAUUUAUUGAAUCCCAAGAUAACAGUUUUUACUAUGAGAAAAUGAUAACCAUGAUGGGACAAAAGUUCACAGAAAUCAUUAGAAUGGGAGAAAUCUUGGAAGAAGGGAUCAAAUCAGGAAGAAUCCAAGACUUUACAGCCUUGCAUGCUGCAAGCAAAGCAAUUCAAUAUGGUUCUAUCAAUGGGAACAAAAAGAAGAAAGAAGAUGUAUCUGCUGUCAUGAUUGACCAAGGACGCUUGCCAGGUCAAGCUCUCUACCAUCAUCCAUCAACUCCUUACCAUGUCUACAACACCCAAGCGAACUACUAUCAACCUCGAGCUCCUACUUAUAAUAAACCACAUUCAUACCAACCACUCCAAGCUUCACCUUUUCAAAAUCGACCAUAUACCGCACCUAGAGCUCGUCCAAAUCAUGAUAUCAAAACCACUCGCAACUAUACAAAAAUAGCCGAACCAUUGGCUCAGUUGUUCGAGAGGUUGAAAACAGCAGGCAUGAUACAACCGAUUGAAGGGAAAAUUCCUGAUCCCAUUCCAAAAUGGUUUGACGGUUCCAAGCGUUGUGCCUAUCAUUCUGGAGUUGCUGGACACGACACCGAGGAUUGCUAUGGUCUCAAAAACAAGAUCGAAGCUUUGAUUAAAGAAGGAGCAAUCCAACUUACUGGACCUCAGCCCAACGUGAACAACAACCCUCUGCCUAAACAUGGAAAUGCUGAUGUGAACAUGAUAACUAUAGAGGAAAAUGUGGUGCUGAACGGAAGUAUCUUGCCCAUUAGAAAGGUGGAAAAUGAUACUUUAUCGGCCUUUGAUGCUCUUAUCAUGACAACCCAUGAACAAACGUUGAUAGAGGUUACUGCUGCAACAACUUACAUGUCUAUCUACAACAGCGAGACACCGGCCAUUUGGGGUGCUGAACCAGAUGAGACUUUGACGAAUUGGACUUGUACUCCGUCUCUGGUUCGCCGGGGGUCUUGGUAG